AUGAGUGAAUUAAAAACGCUUUCUAUUAAAUUGUGUUUUAUUGGAGACGAAAAAACAGGCAAAACUUCUCUUGUUCGAAACUUCAUGGGCUUGCCUUUCUUAGAUGAAGUUGUGCCAUUUGACGACAGAUUUGUCCAACAAAAUGUUUUAUAUAAUGGCAAUAACUUUGAGUUGUCAUACUAUGAUUUUAAUAAUGAUAUAAUUUCACCUAAUGCAAGUUUUUGGUACAACGCAAAUGUAUUAAUUUGUGUAAUUUCACUCAACAACUUGGACACAAUAAACAAUUCAAAAAACUGGCUUUCUUAUGGAGAUAGGUACAUUCCCGGCAUGUACCUUCGAUAUGUUGUUGGUGCAAAAUCGGACUUACAAGAAAGAGUCUAUUCAUAUGAAGAAUGUGUGGCUAAAGUUACUAAUUUUAAUGCAACAUAUUUUGAAGUCUCCAAUAAGACAGG